GCAUUAGUCAAGGGAGGAGGAAAUUUACCAGCCCGAGGGAGGGAAAACAAGUCCCCCAGAGAAGACGGCGGUACUUGCUGGGGAGGGGGACUGGGCUUUGGCUUAAAGAGGACUGGCUGGGAUUGGGCACACUUUGAGCGGCCCCUGGAGCUGAGGCUGGGCUUUCCCGAGCGCGGCGGCUGGCUGACGCUCCCUCCCGCCUCCUUACCCCGGGCCCUCCUCCCUCGCUCUCUCCUAGUGUGUAGUUUCGGCGGCUCGGCUGCUACUGCCGCCGCCGCUGCAGCAGCAGCGUCAGGGACAAGCCUGAUCCGUGAGCAAGCGAGCACCCAGCAGCAACCACCACUUUGGGCAACUUGCGGGUUUCCUGCUCGCGGGUAGCGAACGGGAGAUUCCCACUAGCGGUUCAGUGUCUCCGAGCCGCUGCAGCCCGAGGGGCGGCGGGAGCGCCCGCACCAGACUCUCCCAGACGCGAAAAGGGACGAGACAACUGCGGAAUUCACCAGCCGUGCCAGGGCACUUCCGAGGCCACAACCGACUGACACUUUUUCUCCCCUUGGCAAACUGGAUUUUUUUUUUUUAAGCUACUUGGCAGCUGUCUCUGACUCCACCUCCCCCUCCACCCCCGCCCGAAAGCCUUUGGCUUUUCUUCGGAAAUCCAGACAGAAUUGGGCAUCUUUGUUAAUUGCCGUUGGGGACGCCCGGCCGUGCGCUUUCGCCGGCUAACGUCGCCUGUGCUCCGAGCCUGGUUUGCUCACCUUUGAACUGCAAAGGGAUCAAGUUCAGCUUGAGUUCCCUGCAUUGGGACUAAGAGGAAGGAGAGAGAGCGUGCAAGAGAGCGAGUGGGAGAGGGGGAAAGGGGAAAGGAGAGGAGGGAGGAGAGAGAGGAGGGAGGAGAGAGAAAGGGAGGGAGGGAGGGGAGGGAUCGAGAGAGAGCGGGGAGAGAGAGGCUGCAAUCUCCUCCCUGAAUCGCGCACAGCGCUGCAGAUCCCACUGCUCCGACAUGCGGGCCGAAUGCAGGUGAGAAAAGGCACGGACUCUGCGGCUGCGAACCCAAACUUGGGCACCGCACGGUGCGCACUGCUCAGCCUUCGCCCCCGUGGGCGAAAGGCUGCUGCGGUUUCAGGCGGCUGCUUCGUGACUAAUGACCUUGCGCAGAGUUGUUAAGAAAAAAGAGAAACCCGCGCUCUCCGGGGUGAGAAGGGACUGACUCUGGGCGUCUCUGAAGAUGGCUCGGGCUUCUCUUUGGCGCUCCGGGGGGACCCUGACACUGACCGCUCUGUGACGCGAGUAGUCUCCGCUGCACCGUGCCCGAAGCGACGUGCCGGGGGAUUUUUCAUUCUCGAUCUGUUGACUGGCUCCCCCGCUGCAUGAGCAGAGUCGGAGUUGAGACUGGCUUGUUGCUGGCCCCAGCGCCUGGUGCAGGAAGCGACUCACGUUUGUCUGGGUGGCCGGAGCCGGAGCAGAGCCUGGGUUUGGAGUGAGUGCCUGGAACGUGAAUUGGACUCAACUCGAGUAGCAGCAAAGACCAGCGGGCUGGCAGGCGGGGGAGGCUGCAGGCUCAUUCCCCACCUCUUCCCAGCCCCACUGCCCGUCUGCCGGAGCGGUUCUGGCCCCUUCCGACAGAGCGGGGACUAGAGCCGGGGAUUCUCCGCCGGCUGCGGGGAUGACUGUGGGUGGGGGGGCCGCCGAACCCGCGGCGCGCAGUGUCCCGUGAACUGUGAGUACUGCGACUGAACGGCGGCAGGCGAGCGGGCGAUUAGCACCCAUUGCAUGAAUUAUGAAACAAUAACUUUCGGAAGAAGCAGGAGGAAAAAAAGAAGCAUCUAUCGCUGCCCUCCCACCCCCAUUCCCGGCCAACUCUCCACGCCGCUUUUGCCCCCUCCCUCCCCUCCCUCUCGCUCCUUCCUUUCCGGGAGAGGGGAGAGGACUGGGGGGAGGGCAGGCGGCCGGCCCCGGAGGAGGGGGGCGCCGAGGGGGCUGUGGUUAGAAGGAGCAGUAGCAGCAGCAGCAGGAGAAGAUGCUGAGGAUGCGGACCGCGGGAUGGGCGCGCGGCUGGUGCUUGGGCUGCUGCCUCCUCCUGCCGCUCUCGCUCAGCCUGGCGGCCGCCAAGCAGCUCCUCCGGUACCGGCUGGCCGAGGAGGGCCCCGCCGACGUCCGCAUCGGCAACGUGGCUUCAGACCUGGGCAUCGUGACCGGAUCGGGUGAGGUGACUUUCAGCCUGGAGUCUGGCUCCGAGUACCUGAAGAUCGACAACCUCACGGGCGAGCUGAGCACGAGCGAGCGGCGCAUCGACCGCGAGAAGCUGCCCCAGUGUCAGAUGAUCUUCGACGAGAACGAGUGCUUCCUGGACUUCGAGGUGUCGGUGAUCGGACCCUCGCAGAGCUGGGUGGACCUGUUUGAGGGUCGGGUCAUCGUGCUUGACAUCAACGACAACACGCCCACCUUCCCGUCGCCCGUGCUCACGCUCACGGUGGAGGAGAAUCGGCCGGUGGGCACACUUUACCUGCUGCCCACAGCCACCGACCGCGACUUCGGCCGCAACGGCAUCGAGCGCUACGAGCUGCUCCAGGAGCCCGGAGGCGGCGGCAGCGGCGGCGAGAGCCGGCGCGCCGGGGCGGCCGACAGCGCCCCCUACCCCGGGGGCGGCGGGAACGGCGCGAGCGGCGGCGGCUCGGGAGGCUCCAAGCGGCGGCUGGACGCAUCAGAGGGCGGCGGCGGCACCAACCCCGGCGGCCGCAGCAGCGUGUUCGAGCUGCAGGUGGCGGACACCCCGGACGGCGAGAAGCAGCCGCAGCUGAUCGUGAAGGGGGCGCUGGACCGCGAGCAGCGCGACUCCUACGAGCUGACCCUGCGAGUGCGCGACGGCGGCGACCCGCCUCGCUCCUCGCAGGCCAUCCUACGGGUCCUCAUCACCGACGUGAACGACAACAGCCCCCGCUUCGAGAAGAGCGUGUACGAGGCCGACUUGGCUGAGAACAGCGCCCCGGGGACCCCCAUCCUGCAACUGCGCGCAGCCGACUUGGAUGUGGGGGUCAACGGGCAGAUCGAAUACGUGUUCGGGGCGGCCACCGAGUCGGUGAGGCGGCUGCUGCGCCUUGACGAGACGUCCGGCUGGCUCAGCGUCCUGCACCGGAUCGACCGCGAGGAGGUGAACCAGCUGCGCUUCACGGUCAUGGCCCGCGACCGCGGGCAGCCCCCCAAGACCGACAAGGCCACCGUGGUCCUUAACAUCAAAGACGAGAACGACAACGUGCCGUCCAUUGAAAUCCGCAAGAUUGGGCGCAUCCCCCUCAAGGACGGGGUGGCCAACGUGGCCGAGGACGUUCUGGUCGACACCCCCAUCGCUCUGGUGCAGGUGUCCGACCGAGACCAAGGCGAGAACGGGGUGGUCACCUGCACCGUGGUGGGCGACGUGCCCUUCCAGCUCAAGCCAGCCAGCGACACCGAGGGCGACCAGAACAAGAAAAAGUACUUCUUGCACACCUCGACCCCUCUGGACUAUGAGGCCACCCGGGAGUUCAACGUGGUCAUCGUGGCGGUGGACUCAGGCAGCCCCAGCCUCUCGAGCAACAACUCCCUGAUUGUCAAGGUGGGAGACACCAACGACAACCCGCCCAUGUUCGGCCAGUCGGUGGUGGAGGUUUACUUCCCUGAGAACAACAUCCCGGGCGAGAGGGUGGCCACGGUGCUGGCGACAGACGCAGACAGCGGUAAGAACGCCGAGAUCGCCUACUCGCUGGACUCCUCUGUGAUGGGGAUCUUUGCCAUCGAUCCCGAUUCUGGGGACAUCCUGGUCAAUACCGUGCUGGACCGCGAGCAGACUGACAGGUACGAGUUUAAAGUUAACGCCAAAGACAAAGGCAUCCCCGUGCUGCAGGGCAGCACUACGGUGAUUGUGCAGGUGGCUGAUAAGAAUGACAAUGACCCUAAGUUUAUGCAGGACGUCUUCACCUUUUAUGUGAAAGAAAACUUGCAGCCCAACAGCCCUGUGGGGAUGGUCACCGUGAUGGAUGCUGACAAGGGGCGGAAUGCAGAGAUGAGCCUGUACAUAGAGGAGAACAAUAACAUUUUUUCUAUUGAAAAUGACACGGGGACCAUUUACUCCACAAUGUCUUUUGACCGGGAACAUCAGACCACAUACACUUUCAGAGUCAAGGCUGUGGAUGGGGGAGAUCCUCCCAGAUCUGCCACAGCUACAGUCUCGCUUUUUGUGAUGGAUGAAAAUGACAAUGCUCCCACAGUUACCCUUCCCAAAAACAUUUCCUACACUUUACUGCCACCUUCGAGUAAUGUCAGGACAGUAGUAGCUACAGUGUUGGCAACAGACAGUGACGAUGGCAUCAAUGCAGACCUGAACUACAGCAUUGUGGGAGGAAAUCCCUUCAAGCUGUUUGAAAUUGAUCCCACUAGUGGUGUGGUUUCCUUAGUGGGAAAACUCACCCAAAAGCAUUAUGGCUUGCACAGGUUGGUGGUGCAAGUGAAUGACAGUGGGCAGCCUUCCCAGUCCACCACGACUCUGGUGCACGUGUUUGUCAAUGAAAGUGUUUCUAAUGCAACUGUGAUUGACUCCCAGAUAGCUAGAAGUUUGCACACCCCACUCACCCAGGAUAUAGCUGGUGACCCAAGCUAUGAAAUUAGCAAACAGAGACUCAGUAUUGUCAUUGGCGUGGUUGCUGGCAUUAUGACGGUGAUUCUAAUCAUCUUAAUUGUAGUGAUGGCAAGGUACUGCAGGUCCAAAAAUAAAAAUGGCUAUGAAGCCGGCAAAAAAGAUCACGAAGACUUUUUUACACCCCAACAGCAUGACAAAUCUAAAAAGCCUAAAAAGGACAAGAAAAACAAAAAAUCUAAGCAGCCUCUCUACAGCAGCAUUGUCACUGUGGAGGCUUCUAAGCCAAAUGGACAGAGGUAUGAUAGUGUCAAUGAGAAGCUGUCAGACAGCCCAAGCAUGGGGCGAUACAGAUCCGUUAAUGGUGGGCCCGGCAGUCCUGACCUGGCAAGGCAUUACAAAUCUAGUUCCCCAUUGCCUACUGUUCAGCUUCAUCCCCAGUCACCAACUGCAGGAAAAAAACACCAGGCCGUACAAGAUCUACCACCAGCCAACACAUUUGUGGGAGCAGGAGACAACAUUUCAAUUGGAUCAGAUCACUGCUCUGAGUACAGCUGUCAAACCAAUAACAAGUACAGCAAACAGGUGGAUACAGUGCAGACCAUGAACCCCUCUGGCCACAUUGAGGAAUCGUGUAAAAUGAAUCCAUUUCGUAGAGUGACGUUUUCUGUUGUGAGUCAGCCUCAGGACCCACAUCAGGGGUCACUGCAGAGUUGCUAUGACAGCGGGCUGGAGGAGUCAGAAACACCAAGCAGUAAGAGUUCAUCAGGGCCAAGACUGGGUGCCCUUCCACUCCCAGAGGACAACUAUGAAAGGACCACGCCGGAUGGCAGUGUUGGUGAGGCAGAGCAUAUGGAAAAUGGAAACACGCAUGUCAUGGAAAACUUAACAGGUGAGCUUGUUAAUAAAAUAGAAAGUAUACUGAGAAAGAGUUCCAAAAAACGACUUUUAAUUCUUUUUUAGAACCAAGUUUUUAAGGCCUGUCAAAAGCAAGGGUCAUGAUAAUGUAACGGAUCUUUCCUGAUUUUGUAUGUGACCAACACUUGAAAGUCAGAGUUUAUAUGACCAUUUGUCAUCUACUGGCUGUGAUUCAUGUUAGCCUUGAUCUAUAAGUAAUGACAAAAUGAGAUGCGAUGCACUAUGGGUGAUCUAAAUGUAGCAGUUGACCGUUGAGUAACAAAUUUGUUGGGUCCAUGUUUUCAGACUACUCAUCUAGCCAUAAAGUGCAAUUGUAUUGCUUAAAUUCUGGUAAUUUCAUCUUCAGUAUUAAUGGAUCAUUCUGACAUAAAUAGAAUUGGAAUUGAAACCUGUCAAGUAUUCAUUUGUCACAUUUAAUUGGAAUCCAGGUAAUCUGUAGUUUUUUGCUUGGCUAGGUUUUAAUCAGGAUUUGUAUUGGAUUUUCAUUUGGAUUUUCCAUUAAAAUACCAUUUUGGAUGCUGUGCUAGUUCCUAAUUAUUAUUAUCUCAAAUAGUUUUCUUGAAUUUUAACCUAUGUGAAACAAUGCAGUUAUCAGCAAGUGUUUGGGAUUAACUUUCAUUGUAAAGUUUAGAAGAUAAUUUCUAGUGCAAUAACAAGUAAAAUUUCAAUGCCAUGCUAACAAACCAGGAAUAAGUUAGGAUAGCUAAUGAUAAAAAUACAUUUUCACAAAUGCGGAGAAGGAACAGAAACAGGAAAAUUUAAGUGAAAUGUACUUACAUUUUACAAAAGCGUUAUCUUCCUUCUGUACUGUAGUAUGAUGAAUACAAUUUCAUUCAAAGGGCCUGUGUGUUAAUUCCCUGUUUAACAAGCUUUACGCUAUAUUCUAAAACACAUUACCACCAAAUGUAGAAUGAGGUUUUAUUCUCUUACUAGCUAAGGAAAAAGAAUAUACCAUAAGAAUAAAUAUAAUUUCUUACCACCGGAAUCUAAUAACGUAGAAUGAGAUCCACCAUUUUAAAGUUCCAAAUCUGUAGAAUGCCACAGACCCCUGGAAAGUAAUACUAGAAAUUACCCCAUUUAAAAAAUAUUUUAAGAAAACCUUAUUAGUUAUACAUUUAUUUGUGACAAAGAUUACUAAUAUAUAUUUCUUUGCCUUUAAUUAUCCUCAACAUUAUGAUAAUUUCAUGCUAAUCCUUUAAUAUCAAUCUAAUCAAAGAUUGAGGAAAUUGGUUAUUUGUUUCAUUAAAAUACAUUUAGCAAUAAAGUAAUAAUUCAUAUAGAGUUUAUGGGGGGAAAUAGGUAAUACAAACAUUUGACAAUGAAAAUGUUAGAAUAAUUGAUGCAUAUUGCAAUGAAUUGGUAAUUCAAGUUAAAAACCAAACAUUAGGCUUAAAGGCACCAUCUCAUUCAAGGCAAGCAUUGACUAUGCAAGAGUUUGCUCUUAUUUUAAUUAUGCAGUAGUCUUCAGACUUUCUCUUGGAGUGGGAUACAAUGGUUUCUUUAGGUCUAUUGUAUUUAUCCUGGUCCCUACCUUCAUGCCAUGACCUACUUAAUCUUUCCAAAGCCCCCUCUAAAUUAUCUUUGCAAAGCCAGUUUGCCUUUGCUAUGUAAGUCUUUAUGAUAAUUAGUGUUUAAUAAGCUCAGAUAUAGAAAACACCUCGCUUGGCUUCUCAUCUCAAUUUUGCCAUCAGCAUUGGGUAGGCUACUGUCUAAGGAAAUUGAUAAAUCAACUCUGAAAUCUUACUCGGUUCCAGGUCCAAUAAUCUGUGAUUCUCUUACAUUCAAUUUUUCUUGUAUCUUUUACGCUAUAGAAUGGAGACAUUUGUCUCAUAGUAAGAUAGUGAGUGAAUUUGACAAGGUAUGUUAAUGUGGGCAGGCCAGUAGUGAUUCUAGGGCCUUUCUCUCAACCCACACAGCAAGUGCAUUUUAAUAGUAGAAAAUGCAUUUAUUACAUAAAUCAAAGGAGUGGACUGAAUCAAAUGGUGUGAUUUCUGGCCAGGUGGGUGGAAAUGUUGGCACCAUAGUAGGCCAGUGUGGGAGACAGCUGUGGAGCCUCCUUCAGAUCCCACUAUGCAAGAACCAUCUGUAGAUCUGAUCAAGCCCUGGGUGCAAUGCCCUUGAAAUACAUGAAUUAUGAUUAAGACAUUUCACAAUAGAAUAAGCACAUGUGUUUUCUUACUUAACAAUGUGAACUUUGGUCAGAGUACAAAUGAAAAAAAAAGGUAGGAAAUAAUAUAUAUUUUUCUGUAGGUAGAUUUUCUUAAAUAUCACACCAUAAAAAUAAAUUAAAAAAAAAACAGCAGAUGAUCCAUAAACCAGGUUUAUAACAAGUUAAAUGAGGUUAGAAAUUUGGCCACUCUAAAUCCCUAAUUCGUUUUAUGCCUCUUGAUUUUCUCAGAUCUUUAAAUAAUACUUUUGACUUUAUACGUGAAUAUUUUUGAACUUUCCCUUUCCAAACUUCCUUACUUUGUCACACUUAUAUAAGCUAAGCUCAACUGUUUGAUUCAUUCCAUUUCCUUCAUCUCUUCAUUCUACAUGCAUUAUACCUUGUCCUUGAUUAUUUAAACAUGCUGCAGUAAACCAUGGACUUUUCCUAUUGCUUUUAGACAGUGUAUUUGAAAUAUCAUUGAGAAUAAGCCACUAAUUUUAAAUGGCCAAGUGUAAUGAGCAUAGAGACCAAAGGCAUAUCUUUGUAUGAGAUAAAGGACCUCCUCUUUCUCUCUCCUUUUCUCCUGUCUCCCAAUUUUCAAGCAGGCGUCUGUCAGGCAAAGUUGUCUAGUUAUUGGUUUGUGCUGAUUUCAUGUAGAUUGAGCAAACUUCUCUAGCAAGGCUGCCUCUUCCAUCUUUACAAAGAUCCUCAUAUACUUUUUAAUGGCAUAAGCACAAUACCUAAAAUACCAAAUACCUGUCAUACCUUUUUUCGUCUUCUGCAGAAAGAGACUAACAUGACUUGCUAAGGAUUCAUUUUCACAGUUUUGCAUUUCUCUAUGCCACCCUAGUUGCCAAUGUCUGACUGAGGCUGCAAUUGUUUUCACCUUUCCUGUCAAUUGUGACAUGGCUCUAUACCGCCCAAGUAUCCCCCAAAAGUCUGUAUGCCACCACUUUGGGAGGGUGCUAUUCACUUUGAAUUUCUUCAUAGUAAUAUAUAGAGAGAUGGAUUAUAGAGACUGUCUCUAAGCCAGAUCUCAACUAAUUAAAAUGUGUGCUAUAGUGGCUUCUCAGCUGUCUAGUAAAAUGAGCAGUACAAUCUAAAAGAGUCUAAAGAAGGUACUGUCCUAGAGAAGAAUUGGCAGUGCUGUAAGUAGAAUCUACUGGUUUACAAAACAAGCUUUGAAAUCUGAUGACCUCAGUUUGAAUCCUGGCUUUACCUUCUACAAGGAGUAUUAUUUUCUAACCCCUCUUAGCUUCAGUUUGUUCAAUUGCAAAUCAUAGGAUUGCAGAAGGAACUAAAUGAGACAAUAAUAUGCAAUAAUUUAUAAAUAAGUAAUAAGUUGUAUUUUCACUAUAUUAAUUGAUAAAAUGUUUUACCAUUAUUAUUUAAAUAACAAUGAUAAAUAGUUGGGAUUAUUAUUAACUUUAGGUCGUGUUUUUUUUUGAGAUGGAGUCUCACUCUGCCACCCAGGCUGGAGUGCAGUGGCACAAUCUCGGCUCACCGCAAGUUCCGCCUCCUGUGUUCAAACCAUUCUGCUGCCUCAGCCUCCAGAGUAGCUGGGACUAUAGGCGCCCGCCACCACACUCGGCUAAUUUUUUGUAUUUUCAGUAGAGACAGGGUUUCAACAUGUUAGCUAGGAUGGUCUCCAACUCCUGACUUCGUGAUCUGCCUGCCUCAGCCUCCCAAAGUGCUGGGAUUACAGGCGUGAGCCACCACAUCCAGCCAACUUUAGGUAAAUUUGAUAUAAUACAAUGGCUUAGUCAUGAGGACUUCAUAAAAUGCUCAGCCUCACAAAUUUAGCAUUUUUAAAUUACCAGUAUAAAUUAUAUUCUCACCUUAAAUAUUUUCCAGUUAGUUUUUUGUCUUUUGUUUGGAGUACCAUAGGGUAGUACUCAUGAGUAGUGACUUACAAAUAUAGCAAGGACCUAAAAUGAGGGGAAGGAAGUCUUCUAUCUCUUGGCAUCAAACCAACCGACUCUUUGUGUUCUUUGUCAUUCAAGGUAGGGAGAUGUCAUUAUGAUCUUUCUACAUUCUUUUCUCUUUUUUUAAGUGUUCUAGUUGAAUGCAUUAUUUUUCAGGUGUACACCUCCCUUUAAAGUGCUGCAAAUUAUUCACAUUAACAGGGAAAAUUAGCUGAAAAUAAUGUCCAAUUAGUAUGCUUACCAGAUUCUCAAUCCUUUCUUUUCUAAUCUCAAUAUUAAUAAUUAACUCUGAUAAAAUGUGUGGCCGUAUUACCCUUUUAUUCUAAUUUGGUCCUUUUAAACUAGAUCACUUGCUGAACCCUUAUGACAUUUGAGGAGGGAAUGAGCGCUCAUCAAAUCUCAAAGUGACUUUGGAGGUCAGUUAGUGGUUUUGUUACCUCCAGACUCCCAAAGCUUUUGCUUGUGUGAAUUUCAGCACUUGUUGAUAAUACAUUUGAUUGUUUUAGUUCCUUAUUUAGUUAAGGUGUUAUCUCAGUCUUUCCUGUGAAUUCUUUUUGCUAAUAGAUUACAUAUAAUUCUAUUCUUCCUCUGAUGUUAUUGCCAGAUUUAUGUAUAAAAAAACCUUGUGCUGUGAGGAGCCCAUCUGCCCGGCCACCACCCCAUCUGGGAGGUGUACCCAACAGCUCAUUGAGAACGGGCCAUGAUGACAACGGCGGUUUUGUGGAAUAGAAAAGGGGGAAAGGUGGGGAAAAGAUUGAGAAAUCGGAUGGUUGCUGUGUCUGUGUAGAAAGAAGUAGACUUGGGAGACUUUUCAUUUUCUUCUGUACUAAGAAAAAUUCUUCUGCCUUGGGAUCCUGUUGAUCUAUGACCUUACCCCCAACCCUGUGCUCUCUGAAACAUGUGCUGUGCCCACUCAGGGUUAAAUGGAUUAAGGGCGGUGCAAGAUGUGCUUUGUUAAACAGAUGCUUGAAGGCAGCAUGCUCGUUAAGAGUCAUCACCACUCCCUAAUCUCAAGUACCCAGGGACACAAACACUGUGGAAGGCCGCAGGGUCCUCUGCCUAGGAAAACCAGAGACCUUUGUUCACUUGUUUAUCUGCUGACCUUCCCUCCACUAUUGUCCUAUGACCCUGCCAAAUCCCCCUCUGCGAGAAACACCCAAGAAUGAUCAAUAAAAACAAACAAACAAACAAAAAACCUUGUGCUGCUAAAAUAUAACACUCUUAAGCAUCUUCUAUUUGGUAAAGGAACUGUGGAUCUUGACUGUUUAAGUAUAUUUAAGUUUAGUAGUCUUUUUUUAAUUUUUAUUUUUUAAUGUAAGGUCUUGCUCUGUAGCCCUGGCCAGAGUGCAGUGGCACAUUCUUGGCUCACUACAGCCUCGACCUCCUGGGCUCAAGGGAUUCUCUCACCUUAUCCUACUAAGUAACUGGGAUUACAGGCAUGCACCUGUUCAAGGCUGUUCUCAAACUCCUGGAAUCAGGGGAUCCUUCCAUCUUGGCCCUCCAAAGUGCUAGGAUCAUAGACAUGAGCCACCCUGCCCAGCAAGUUGGUACUCUCAACCUCAGAGGUUAGACGACCUAUUGAGAAACCAUUUUAUCUCAAUAUUCCUCUUCUAAGGUAAAAUACUUUCCAUUGUUACCUCUUCUCUUGCAGGUUUUUAAUAAGUAAAGUACUUUUUGCUUUGCUAAUAAAGCAAAGUAGAACAAUAGGUGUCUCUUGUUUCAUGGGGCAAUUAUAUAGUGUCAAAGCUGUGUUUAUUCAUUUUGAUUCAACAAACCAAUACUGAAAAUAAAAUAUGACCAAGGCUUUCUGAGGAAAUUUAAGUAAAGGAGAAAGAAUCUCGGCCUUUAAGAUGGAAGUUUUUAUGCUCAGGAGAUACAACCUUGAUCACAGUAAAUUAAUUAUAAUGAAAAUGUAGUAAGCUCAUUAGAGAAGUUCAGAGUGGUGUGAGGUACAGAGGAGGGAAUGGAAAAUUAUACGGAAGAAACAAUUAUAGACGCAAGUUUUGAAAAUUUUUAUUUUAUAAAUCAAAUGUUGGACAGGAAGAAGGCCAUGAAAUGUUCUUUGGCUGCACAUCCUCUCUCUUUAUCUACUCAUCUUUGAUAUAUUUAAAAACAAUUAUUAUACUGGCCUGGAGGCUUCAUUUGAAGCCAAAUAAAUUCAGAUUAUUUGUUUUAUUUUUCUAAUUGAGUUACUGUUACCUUUUUAUGUCUUCUUUUUUCCUUUUUUCAUUUUUUAAUGCUAAACACAAUUAGUUCAAAAACUCUAAAAUUUAUCCUUGAUGAAAUUGGCAGCAGAAACUAAAUCCAGAUCUAAACUAUAAAAUAGAUUAAUUUGGUGUCUUUCUUUUCUCUCUGCUUAUAAACAUGGAUAAUUACUAAAAAUGUGUGUGCUGUAAAUAAGGCCUUUCAAACUCAAUAAUAACCCGUAAAUAAUCUUUUGAAGUCAUUGUUAUUUAUUUUCAGAAGACCAGUUGUAUUACUCAAAUUAAAUAGAUGAUUAAAUUACAUUAGAGUAGAUUGGAUUACAUUAUAUUUAUUUUUAAGAAAACCCAUUUCUUCUGUGGCAGUUGCAAAUUGUUUUUGUAAUUGUUAUUUCAAGAUUCAAGUUAAGCAUACAGGUAUUUAUAUUACAAUCCCUUUAUACUGAAAUAUAGACAAUAGGUUGCUUUGUUUUUAAAUCUUGUCUCUGAUAAAUUUUACUUAAUAUACGCAGGUAGAUUUUUUGGCAUUAAGUCUCAUUAUCAUGUAUGUCUUCUCAUUAUUGUCCAGAAAAUAUAAUUGUAAGUUCGUUAUAAGAAUGAGAAAAUUUCUGAAAUGCAUGCAAAUUUAAAUGCCUCCUCUAGAACAGAGUUUCAACUACUAACAUAUGAUAAUGUUAAAGGAAACUAAUUUUUGAUACUAUAUGUAUAAAUAAAAUCUGUGAUUAGUGGUAUGUUUUGGAAGUAAACAGACAAUAGGAUAGUAUCCAGCUAUUUAAAAAUCUUCUUCUUCAUUUCUGCUUGAAAAUAUAUCUCCCAUGGUUUUAUUUCUGAUCCUCAAUGCUUAGCGUCUACAUUAAUGAAGUUGUUAGGAAGCCCUAUAUGAUCUGAGAGUGGUAUGCAUUUCUGAGGUUGCAUUCCUCAGAACCCCAGUGCCCAGUGCUGAAUUGUGCCCAUUGUUUCAGUUCCUUAUGAGGCCACAUUUCACCAAGGCAGCAUUUGUAGCCAAAGGUCAUAGCAGCUAUAGCUGAAAUUGUAUACAGUGAACAGAGAAUGUAGAGUGUUAUAAGAAUCCAUUGAGUAACAUUCAAUGACCAUUUGUUGAGUAUUUAUUUUAUGCAAAUUUUUAUGAAGGACUCAAAGGUGAAUGACACAGGCUCUGUUUGCUAAGCAUUUACAUAUUGUCAGAGAGAAAGGCGUGUACAGAUUUGAUGUUUAAAAGUAAAGGCAUGAGAGGCAUUAUAUGGAGAUACUGAUUAUAUGCUACAAGAAGUAGAGGAGGACUUGAGUGGGGGUUACAAAAAAUCAUAGCCAUGCUUUGAAGGGUGGAAAAGUAGGGAUUUGCUGAGCAAAAAUGUGGAUAAGGCUAUGGAGAACAGUGGGAGAUACCAAAGAUACCUACCCGAGAGGGUGAGGAAAAAGUGGUGCCAUUUGCCAACCUCGGAAAGUGGAAAGAGCAGCACAUUUUCAUUGGAAUGAUUCUGGUUAAGAUAUCCUGUACUUAAGGUAUCUUUGAAAAAUGCAAGUGAUAUUUAACAGGAUAUAGAUCUGAAAUUUGUGAGUAUAGAUAAGCAGAAGAAUGUAGCUUUAGGAGUCAGAACACUGGUAAUGCUGAAUUCCUGGGAAUAGAUCAGACUACGAUUUAAGUAUUUGGCACCAGAUAAGUGACGUUAUCCAAACAGAAUGUUGAAAAGUACUGAAAUAUAAGAGAAUAAGGGAGAAGUAAGUUUCAGCGAAUGUGACUGUGAAAUAUAUUAAAAACAAAAUCAGGCUGGGCAAGGUGGCUAAUGCCUGUAAUUGCAGCACUUUGAGAGGCUGAGGUGGGUGGAUUGCUUGUGCCUGGGAGUUCCAGACUCGCCUGGGCAACAUAGUGAGACUCUGUCUCUGCAAAAAAAAAAAGUUUAAAAAUGUGCCAGAUGUGGUGGCACAUGCCUGUAGUCCUAGCCACUUUGGAGGUUGAUGCGUGAGGAGGGCUUGUGCCCAGAAGUCCCAGGCUGCAGUGAGCUUUUUGUGUGCCAGUGCACUCCAGCCUGAGUGACAGACUGAGAACCUGUCUCUAAAAAAAACAGAACACAAGCAAACAAAAAAGUAAAAACUGAAACAAACAAAAUGUGACAGGAUAAAUGAAGAAGUUAACAUUGGGAAAGUAGUAACUAUCAAAUAUCUAGUCCUGCAGAGAUGAAGAUGAAGAAGUAGACCUGUGGGAUCAUGUAGAUAUUGAUUAAUGAAGAGAGUUACGACAUUUGCAUGGGAGGUAUUUUGUGUUUUUACCACCCCUUUUCCCCACUAUACCAUAAACUGCUUAAAGACAAGACCUGUGCCUUGGCUACCGUUGCAUGAUACUUCUGGAAUUAUCCUUCCAUAGACAUGUCCAAAAGAAAAAAAGAAGUUGAAUUAAAGUUAAUAUGUACUGGUCGGGCACGGCGGCUCCCACCUGUAAUCCCAGCACUUUGGGAGGCCCAGGCUGGUGGAUCACCUGAGGUCAGGAGUUCAACACCAGCCUGACCAACAUGGAGAAACCGUGUUUGUAUUAAAAAUACAAAAUUAGCUGGUCGUGGUGGCACAUGCCUGUAAUCCCAGCUACACGGGAGGCUGAGACAGGAGAAUCGCUUGAACCUGGGAGGCGGAGGUUGCAGUGAGCGAGAUCACGCCAUUGCACUCCAGCCUGGGCAACGAGAGUGAAACUUCAUCUCAAAAAAAAAAAAAAAAAAUUACAUGUACUAAAUAGGGGCCCAAUGUUGCUGAUACAGAUUUAACAGAAUUGAGACAACUCAGAAAACUGGAGACCAGAAAAUGGAAUUAAGAACACACUUGAGAACUUCUUUCUUAGGUCACCAAGUCCAUUGUAACAUCAUUAUCAGAGGGUGGGGCAUAGUGGCAUCCCUUGAUAUCAGUCUUAAAGAAUUUCUAAUCGCCUUAUGCUUCUAUUUUUCAGGACUUUUUUUUUUUUUUUUUUUACAAAAUUUUCAGAAAGUACCAUGAGUGUGACAUUUCUGUAUAAUAGCUUUUGCUGUCUUUUCUUGAGUGAUGUAACACUGAUUCAUUAAAUUAGUUUUGUCCUCUAGUAUGACUUUUGUAUUUUAUUUUAUACUAUGCAAUUCUUUGACCAUUUUACUUACUUAAAAUUAAAAGAAUAUGUGACUAACUACAUUUAUGGUGAGAUCUAAUAAUUUAUAACAUUUCCUGGUCAUCAUACAAAAUUAUUUUGUGAUUUUAAGAUUCUUGACAUUGUAACAGCACUAUCAGUUGUCAGUAAUACUAUGCAAGUAGGUGUGCUUCAAAACAUAAAUCACGGAAAUAUAAUCUGAAUGAGAAAUAAAUUCAAAUUGUAUAGUAAAAGGACUAAUUCCAGUCCAUUUGAUGUUUGCAUAGCACCACAGAAAUGUCACGUCACUGAUGUCUACCACAGCUAGUGCACCAUCCAAGGAAAGAAAUGCUUCCAAAUAUGUUGUAUGCAAAGUCAUACUAAUAAUGAUUUGUCAGGAAGAUAUCACUUUUAAUGUUGUUUUUAACCUAAAGAAAUGAAACCACCAAUGUCACAUAAAUUUAUUAUUUCUUUGUGUUCAUUUUUGCUUUAUAGGAGUUAUGUAUAAGUACUAUAUCGAUAAAAAGUCUUCCAGUUCAAGAUAAUCUAAACAAUUGCUACAAAAUAAUUUCCAAGUAAAAAAUGCAACUCCCAUUUAAUCACUCAUAUGUAUAUUUGUUUCAUGGAAAAUCUCUACUAAUGUCCAUUUUUUGACAUGUGUAUGCACUCUGCAUUGUCCUGGAACAUUAAAUAGAAUGUAUGUAAAUGUGGUAUGUGACAAGAGCAGGCUACUUGGCUGAUUACAGAGUGGCCUCUGGGUGGUAUCUGUAAACUGCUUUCUAGAUCCAUAAAACACAAUUUUAUCACGGCCUCAGAAUUGUACAGAGCCAAGCAUGAUAACCAAGUCUCGACAAUAUUACAAGAUCCUAAUGUCAAACUGUAACAUCGGUUUAUUGAACUUAGAACAGGAGAAUAUCCCAUUCAGUAGAUAAGAAAGUCUCUGCCUCUUCUUCAAAGCAAUACCCUUUCUUUAAGGAGAUCCAAGGAAAAUCAGAGUAGCUCUUAAAAUGUUGCCUAAAGAGGAGGAUGGAAUCAGAGGAGGAGUUUCUUUCUUUCUUUUUUUUUUUUUUUUUUGAGACAGAGUCUUGCUCUGUUGCCAGGCUGGAGUGCAGUGGCCUGAUCUUGGCUCACCGCAACCUCCGCCUCCUGGGUUCAGGCAAUUCUCCUGCCUCAGGCUCCCAAGUAGCUGGGACUACAGGCGCAUGCUACCACACCCAGCUAAUUUUUGUAUUUUUAGUAGAGACAGGGUUUCACCAUGUUAGCCAGGAUGGUCUCGAUCCCCUGACCUCGUGAUCUGCCUGCCUUGGCCUCCCAAAGUGCUGGGAGUACAGGUGUGAGCCACUGCGCCUGGCCAGGAGUUUCUUAAUCCACACACUGAAGCCUGAUGAGGCUUGCAGAAACAAACCUAUCUUUGAGGUCAUCUGAAAAACACAUUGCUUUUGCUCCCUAGAUUCAGUGCUUCUUUCAGUGUCAGCUACUAACCACAAUCUUGUGUCUCUAACUUACGCUUGUUGUUAUUGUUUGUUUGUUUUCUCUUGUCUUUAGGGUCAUCUAUUUAGGAUUUUGCAUAUUCUUUCUUAAAAUAUAUAAAGGAUUUUUUUCAAUAAUAGCUUUAGGCCUGCUUAUAUAACCACACUUCAUUUCUCUCCUUGCUUCUGGUCCAUUUUAUAAAGUGUCUUUCCACUCUCUAAACAUUCACCAACUAUCUAUCAAUCAAUUUUUUAGUUGUUUACUUGGUAGUUACCUGCUGUUACUCUUGUGUAGGUGGUAUCUGACACUCACAACUGUGUACAUAAGAAACAAUUCCAGAUUUAUGUGUAAUUUCAAAAAUCAUUAAUUAAAUGCUCAUAAUUCUCAGGUAAUUCUCACCUAAAACAAGCUCAAUCUUUAAUUAUAUGAAUACUUGAGGAAAUGGAGUUUUAGGGCCCAGUCCUUAUGAUUUCCCUUCACUGUGGGUGAAGCAAUCUAACCAUACAUAAUCUUUCAAUAGGUAACUGCAAACAACGUGUUCACAUGGAACCAUAUUUUAUCAGUUUUUCCCCGUAAGCUUACUGCCCUUUAUUCAGUGUGAUCAAUUGUAUUCAGCCUUCACUAGCUCUUUGAGAAUUCAAUUUUGAGAGGCAUUUCUAGUUUCCUGGACAACAUUGGUCCAUCUCUUUCUCCCAGAAUAAUGAAGAUCUAAAAUCUAAUUCUUGCCUAUUUCAGCCCCAAACUUGUCAUCCUCUUUUGUGAAAUCAAGCCAGUAUGCUUUUUCUUUCGCUGCCUACAUCUGAGUAUUAUCUAUGUCCCCGGGAUCAAGUAGCUAUCAAAUUAGUUCUAUCAAUUGCUCAUGGGUUUAGAGAUCCCUGUGUGUCUGUUUUUUAAGUAACCACAUUUUAUUUUAGAACACAAAGUACAGGACUUCUGACUUGAUUAUUUAGCUUCUUAAACUUUUUCUGAAAUUUUUUGAAAAUAGCAGAGAAAAUACAUUAUUACUCUUCUUUACCUUAAUGAAAAUUCUCAGUUCCUCUAUCAUUUCAUUUUUGAAGGAGAAUUAGAGGACUCUUCCACAAAUUGACUCUCGGGCUUCAUAUUUUCUUUAUUUCUCCAUUCUAAUAAUCUAUUCCUUUGCCUUUCCUAAACUCACCAUCUCAUGCACAGUUUCUUCUUUAUAAUACCUUAUCUGUGACCUUUUGGAGAUUAAAUAAUUCAGUUUCUCUACCAAAAGUCAUUAUAUUUGAGUCAUUUUUGACUAUCAAGUUUCUCUUUUCCUUUGGGAUACCUUCUGGAAGAGUCUAUUUAAUAUUUUCAGUUUUAAAAAGUCCUUCUUAAAUAUAACAAUUCUACUGUAUUGUAAUGUAUCACAUAACAUGUACAUUUGCAAAGAAUUGGAGCCAGAUAUCUUGGGUUCUAGUUCAAGCUCCAUCACAUUUCCAGAAAGAGAACCUAGGUCAAUUCAUGUAAUAUCUCCUUCACUUACACAAUGGGAACAAUAAUUAUGAUAAUAACGGCCCUAUCUUCCUCAAAGGGUUAUGUGCAGUUGGACAUACAUUUUUUGGAAGUUAGCAUUAAUAAAAUAUGCUAAAGUAUUACUGAAGUAUUACUUUACUAUAUUCAGUUAUUUAUAGAUACAUUAUUGCUGAAGUAUUGCUGAAGUAUUAUUUUACUAUAUUUAGUGAAGUAUUUAGUAUAUUUAGUUAUUUAUAGAAGUAUUGAAUUCUGAAGUAUUACUUUACUAUAUUGAGUUAUUUAUAGAUACCUUAAAAUUGCUGAUAACUAGUUCUACAACAGUCUUAUUCCGCAUUAAAUCAGACUUGCAAUGUUCAUAAUAUUUAUUAAAUGCAUGAUUAUUUUCUUACCUCCAGAAAUGUUUACUGGCCUCACUUAUAUUUAGCUGUAAAGGUAAGUAGUUUCUUGGCACCUUUUGAAUUCGCUAUUGGUUUCCAAUUCUCUAUACUAAGAGUACAUGGGUCUCUAACUACCGUGAACAAGUUCCAGUAUUUAUAACAAAUAUAAUUCUAUGAAACUAUAGAAAAAGAAAACAUUAAUAGUAUCACAUCUGUUUUCUACAAGCUAAAUGGCUCUGUCUUUAAGAAACCUGCAUAUAUUUUCCUGGAUUUAUUGUUAAGGAAUAAUAAAUGACAGAAACCAGUAACUCACAGAGAUAUUCAUCAAGUAAUUACUAAAGAUCAUUCAGUGAGCAGUGGCAGAAUAGUUCCAAAAAGGCUGAGAUUACAGACAACCGUCAAAUAUUCAGAGCAGUGAGCAAAACCUUGUAAAGAUUAUCACCGAUCACAGAGUGUGGAUAGAAUCUGCCAAUUAGGCACCAAUUCAUAGCCCUUAUUCACAUCUCCAUUUAAACUGCUAAUUAUGCCAAAUAAAUUUAUAAAUGUAGAAAUCAACUUUUAUGGGCUAUUUGAGAUAAUUUUCUGAGCACAGUGCAAAACACCCCAAUUGCAAUACAAUGCGAGCACAAAAGGCUUCAUGAAGUAAUCUAAAGGCACCACGUCAUCACAGUGUCAAAGAUAAAUAAAUUAUAAUUAUAUUGGUAUUCACUCCCUCUUAUAAAUACACAUAAAAUGAAAGAAGCACUAAAAAAGAACAACGUGAAGUGGAUAACCUAUCCAUCAAAAAUAUUUACUAGAAUGAUAAAAUAGUAUCCUUAUUAAACAUACAAAAAGAAAAGAUAAAUAGAGCAAGGAAUAAUUGAAUUAGUAAAUUAAUUAUUUUAUAGUAUAUUGGUGUCUACCUGAGGGUUCUACAUAAUCAUUUGCUUUACAGUAUCACUCAAAGCAAGGUAAUAUCGACAUUUUACAGAUGAUGAAAGUGAGAAGAAGAUAUGGAAAGUUGUAGUUAAUACCUGAAAACUCUUAGUGUUUAAUACAUGGUAGCUUUUAUUAUUUAUUAUUUGCCACUAUUAACUCCAAAGGGCUAUAUUUGAGUUAUUGCAUUCAAAGCUUAUGAAAACCUAUUGUAGCCAUUAUAAUUAUUUAUAUUUUAAAAACUAAUUUAAGUAGAAAAACAUUUAGUUUUUGUUUGAUAUUUAAUAGAAGCACUGAUUUAUUGCGUAGUUUUAAGCAAAUCCCUUAGCCUUUUAUUGUCUCAUUGUUUAAGGCCGGCAAUAAACUUUGCUCUGCCUAUCUUUCAGGUAAUUUCUCUUUCUAUCUGUGUAUUAUAAACCACAAUGCAUUUUUUUUUGUUUUUUGCAUAAAGCAAUAUUUAUGUUAUCAUCAAGAACCACUGUAAAUUGUAGCUUUGAUGUUGGUACCUGGGAUUAUAACUCAGACGGUCAAAUAUUUACUUCACAAAAAUUGGGAAGAGACUAAUAGAUUUUGGUGGGAGGUGCUUUUAUUUGCUUGUUUGUUUCAAAAUAACAGAAUAAUAACUCAGUAUCAUGAGCCAAUUAAAGAAAUAUACCCAAAAUAAGGUAAGAAGAAUCAAUACCAGAUGCUUUAUUUAUGGUUAAACUUGAUAGUUAUAUCGCUUUUGACUGUAAUUCAUUGGUAGUUCAUUCAGAACACACACACACACACACAGACAUACACACACCUGCAUUGUAUCCUUCUACCAAGGUAGGGAGGAUGCUUAACUCAAUGGGAAGAGGCAUAAGAAAAUAUUGCAUUAAGAGCCUGAUUCUGGAGUUGGUCCCAUGACUCCCAAAUAUUGUGGAAACAAAGCAAUUAACUUUUUUAAUUAUGCAAACCAUUCAGUAAAGUAAGCAGUAAAAUAUAUUAAAUAAUUUAUUUAAUACUUCUAAUAUUCUCAGUAAUGUUGGAAAUUUCCAAAUAAGCAAAAAAACUUUAGCUAAAUGUGUAAACUCAGAUUUUUCCUUCAAAUUUUUCUCUCUGCUGAAUAUAGGAAAAUAUUUCCAUAUCCAUAUCACUGCUUUCAAAACUGCUAGAUAAUCCAUUUUAAAUAAUAAGAUUUUUAUAAUAUGUGAUUCAAUUAGAAAAUAUCUUAGCUAUUUUGAGUCUUGGUCACAAAUAUUUUUAACUGCAACACAAGUCACAACCUUUCCUCCUGCCUCCCUAGGGAAUAUUUAUUUUAAUUAUGCCUGCCAAUUGAUCUAAAUUAUUGAACUUGCUCAAACUUGCUUAAGAAUUAGAAGCUUCCUUGGAUACAGUAACAAAUUAAAAUAAAAUGGAAAAUAAUUUUGAAAUUACCAGCAUGACAGAAAUAAAAGGGAAUUUAUAUUAUGCACACUAACACAUUUUCAAGUUUCCUUGUUCUCAAGCAUAUCUCAUUAAAUCUUUUUAUGUUCAGGAGAGGAUAUGCCUUACAAAAGUGGAUCAAUGACUCAGCUGGAGCUAGCAUUUAAAAUAUUGUAAAUUUCCUAUUCUAAUAUAAGGGUAUUAUGGGAUUUUUAUUUGACAUACGGAAUCAUGUCAUCUAUUUAGGAACACACAUGCAGAAAAGAUGCAUAUUUCAAAGUAGAAUUAAGUAAAAAUAUCUGUUUCCACCGAGAAGAUGGCAUGUGUAGUUUGCUAAUAAUUGACCUCGUCAUUAAGCAACUUUCAGCCCUCAUCUGCCAAUUCUGCUCCUUUGUAAUUAUCAUAUAUAUUUUACAAUCAGUGGUAAGGCUUUCAUUUCCUUCCUAAGAAUAAGGUAGGGCAUUUCUGAAGUGGUUAGGACAACUCUCUUGUAGCAACAGGGGAAAAAAAGAACAAAAAAUGUAAUAUAGCUACAUGGAGAGAUGUAUGCCUCUGAGCUCUUUUCAUUUUAGCAGCUUGAGAAAUAUUGCUCCACAUUAUUGCUCAGACACACAUUCUUUCUAAACGAAGUUUACUGCCAUUGAUUCCCAAGAGCUAAAGGAUUCAUUUUAAUAUUUUUGUACUUCAUUUAGCUAGUCUCCUUAUUGAUUGGACUUUAUGAACUAUCUACUUGUACGUGAUAUGCAUUUCUAAACAAAUUUUAGGACAAAUAUUUCCUGGAUCAACAUGUAGAGAAUUUGACUUCCCAGUUAAUGUAUAUUUGGGAUACUCAUUCUGAAAUUUAUGAGCAAACUUUAGGGUGAACUGGCACUGCUCACUGGGGAAAAACAUACACACACACACACACACACACACACACACACACACACCAGCCUUGAUAGGCUAGGCCAAGCAGGUUUGAGACACCUUUUGGAAAUAAUUUGAGUAAUAAAUUAUCCUUUCCGAAAGAUUUUAUUUUGGACAUGUUCUAUUAAAUUAAAAUCAAUUGUUUCAUACAUUACAAACUUGACAGUCUCUUAAUAUAUUGAGAUAUUUUUAUAUUGUAAAAUCAAGUAAUAUUUUUAUAAUACAGUAAGCUUUAAUAAAUGACCAGUAUAAAAUUUGUAACAUAUGUGCCUUAAAAUUUGGGUUAUUUUCUUUUAUUAUUUAACAUGCCAACCUGAAAUUUAAUGUAAUCUUUUAAGUAAAAUACUGACAGAGAAACCCUGUAAGGUGAACUUAAGAUUUUAGUUUCCUAAUUGCCUUCUAAUGCCUUUUUCCCCUCCAGAGUAAAGUGUGUCCUUAUAUUUUUGUAAUACUGAGGUAAAAAUAUACAAAUAUAUUUUAGAGUAUUUCAAAAUACUGCUUUAAGGCUAUUUCAGUGGACUGCUCAAGUACUUCAUCAUUUCGAAAUGUCCUUUACACCUAAAGCUCUAAUUUUCCGUAUAAGGGAUAUUGUUUUUUAAUGCAAGCCUGAAAAUCCCUGGGAGCACUUAGGCCUGCCACUGCCAAUGCACAACAACAGGUCUCAACAAGAAACCCCAUGCCCUGGGACUGGUGCUGACAGUUGGUAUUUUAAGUUUCUGUUGAAAACUUAUGAUAAUCCAAUGUAAAUGUGCCUGUUAUUUAUAAUAACCAUUUCAGUAUUGUGGUAUAUUAGGCUUUUCGUGCACUUUCUCUCAGCACUGGAACCCAGCCAUAAUUCUGUCCUUGGCUUCUGUAUUGCUUGCUAUAAUAAAGUCCUUGUGAUACUACUGGUAAUAAACUUUCAUGGAUGCAAUCCAAGAUAGACCCUACUGAUAACUGAAUUCUCUUUCAUAGUGAAUUGUAUGGUUGUGAGACUCCAGCAUAGUUACUUUCUUUUAGAACUAAGGGUUUUACGUUGAAAUAGUAUUUAUUUAUUUAUUUAUAUCAUUGAACAGUCUCACUGCCAUGACUAAGAAAAUUGCUCCAUAAAAUACUUGGUAAUGUAAAUGUGAGAAUGAAAGUUAUAUAUCUGAUGAUUUGUCAAAUUUAUGGCUUGUACCAACACAACUGUCUCUAUAAAGGAAUUUAAUACACACAUUGGAGAAUAUUCCUGUAAUGCCUAGUAAAAUUGAAUGCUGUUAUGCUAUGAGAUCUCAAAAGCAGAAAUCACUCUAGAAUUAUGCCUUUGACAUUUCUAAUCAUGCAUGGCCUGGCUUUACAAGUCUAAAUUUGAUGUAGGAAAACUUAAAAUAAGCAUUUAUUAUAGAAGUACCUGCCCUCCCACAGAGGAUAGCAUUCCAUGUACAGGGCCUGCUUUUGAUGUAUUUCUUUACCUGUUUCUUUUAUUGGCAAGAAAUGGAAGAGUCGAUUAAGGGUAGGAAGUUUAACUGCAUUCACAUUAGAGGAAAAACAGGUCAAAGUUGAUGAGCACGUGCCUGGAAUCUGAGAUCAAUGAUUACCCCAGAUUGAAGAGUAAUGAUGUAGUAGGCAAAAAACAAAACAAAACAAACAAAGAAAAACAAACCUCAGGGUUAUACUAAUAGCCUGAAAAUGCAUUAACGUAUUGAAAUAUGUUUAGCCUCUUUCUUUGUCUUCCAAGAAUUAGGUUUUAAAAAGUAUUGGUCCCCAUUUUAAAGAGUAGAUUGCUUUUUUUGUCUUGAAUUUAAAAAAAAUUAUCACACUUUCUGAACUGAUUUUGAUUGAAAUUCUAUUGACAAAUUCAGUGUAUUUGGUCAGUGAAAUUUAAAUUUUAUAAAAUGGUAAUUUUAGAAUUCUUUUUAUAAUGAACUUCCAUUGAUUGAUAUAUGUUCAUUGAUAUUUGAAAAAUCCCAACAUUAUAGCCACUUAAUAUUUUAUACAAUUAUAUUUUUGCAAACCAAAAUAAUACACUAGCAUAGUACAAAAAUAUUUUUUGUGCAUUAUGUAUAAAUAGAGUACACUAAGACAAAGAUUUAGUUUCUUCUUAUACAGUAUUCUUAAAAUAAACUUAGCUAUCAUUUUUACAAUGAAAUUCUUGUGGCAUAUGGCUUAUUCUCAAGUUUACCCUCCCUUCAACCAGGAAAUGUAUUACUUAACUGAGACAUAAAAGCGCAUAGUUGGUAGGGGAGAGAAGGAACAGGUCCUUUACAUAUAAUAGCAGGCUCUUAUGCUGUUUAUUAAGUUUGAUGAUAGUCAACCAACUCAGGCAGCUGAUUGAAAUAAGAAGAAAUCAGCAAUUUUGUAGAAGUGUGAAAACGUGUGCACAUGUACCUCGCUCCUGCAGUUUUAUCAUCUGUCAGAUUUCUCAAGAGUAUACCAUAUUUUUUUUCGGCUUGAAAUAAAACAUUGAGAAUAUAUACAUACAUAAUGAAAUGAGAUAUAUGCUUUGAGGGAAUAGCACUGCCCAAAGUUAACAGAUAGUUCGUGUGAUUUAAAUGAUUGUAUUUGGAAGGGUAUUCUCAUGUAUAAACUGAAUUCCAACUUAGAGCACUUCUUAUCUUUUUAGUUGUACAUGAAUGUGGUGAGCAGAAAAUAAUUUAAAAAAAAUUUUAGUAAGUGUCUGGGAUGCUUUAUUGUCAAAGAACAACUUGUAUUUUAAAAAUAAAUUAAAAUACAUUAACUAAGAACAGUGUGCAAAGUAUUUCAAGUAGAUAGGGUGAACAGACUGUUUUACUUUUCUUCCAUUCUACAUGUCUGUGAAUAACCAUUCCUUGAAGUUUAAGAUUAUAAAUAACAGUGCAAAAUGGUGUUAUUUCUACUUUACGAGGGAAAUCAUCCAUUUUGUUUUCAUUUACAUUUGGGUAAACUCAAAAUGGCUUUGUAUAGCUUCCGCUAAUCUUAUUCAAGACUGAAGCAUUUUUGACAAAAGAAUGUUUCCCAAUUUUGAGUAGAUUAUUACAUUUAUGUGGCUAAAUUGACUCAGAAUUGACAACUGUUGUUUGACUUGGCAAAGUGAGAAUAUGGUAGUUGAUAGUAAGAGGAGGGAGGUAACAAGUUGUAAAAACAAGAAAUUUCAAAGAAGAACCUAUAAGCAAAUUGUGCUUUAGUAGUGAAUGGUUGAAUAAGGGUAUUUUAUUUUAUUCUACUGUUUAAAGUGGAAAUAUAGAAAUUCUCGCUCUGUGUUGAUUACUCCACAACCUGCCCUCCCAUACCUGGACAUAUACAUGAGACCAAAAAAUGAGGUAAAGUUUACUAUCUAAUACUAAGUUUAGCUAUUCAGACAGUCCUUUGUAAAUCCUAGAUAUGUGUGCUAGGUGGAGUUAGAAACCUGUCUAGGUGGAUAUAACCUUUGCUCUCAGUAUUUACAAGGUUAGGAUGUGAGAAGUUAUAAAAUAAAAAGCUUGGUUUAAGUUUUAAGAUAUGUAAUUUUUAAAACAAAAUUCUUUUGAAAAUAAUUUAUAGAAUUAUUUGUAACACAUUGGGUGGGGUGGAGGCCUGUAUUUAUUUAUUUAUUUAAUAUCCUACCUUACUAGACUUUAUGCUACUUGAUGACAUGAGUUUGGAGACCACGUUUUCUUGUUUACCAUAAUAUAUCCAGCGAAACUAGGACAGGGUCUUGCAUAUAGUAGAGUCUCAAUAAAUUUUUGAAUUAAUUAAUGAAUAAAUGAAUAUUCGAAUCAAGGAUCUCACAAUUUCCAUUAUUACACAUGCUUUAAUAUUUUAUUUAUUUUUUGCUUGCUCUUCUUAUAACUUAAUCUACAUUGAAUUGUGUUAGUAAAGAAAUUAGUCAAAAUUAUUGAUUAGUAUAAAACAUACUGUAUAAAAAAGAAAUUCAAUUUGCAAAUCCUAAAUUCUUUAUAGAGCCUUGAUGAAGUGUGCUCUAUAUUUCAAAAUCAUACUUCUCUACAAGGUAUAAAUUUUUACCUUCAGUGUCCUAAUUGGCAGAACUAAGGUAUAUCAGUGGCAAAUCUUUAUUUUGUAGUUGAGAAAUUGUUUUUCUAAAUGUUCUAUCCCUCAAGGAUCCGAGGACCUCAAAGACUUGAAGAUCAAAGAUGGCAUGAUGAUGGUGCAUUCCUAGCAUGGAGAAAAGUCCUAACAUUCUCUGUGUACUUUGCCCUUAAAAAAAUUAUUUUCUAGAUAAGUUGGUAUUGAUUAGUAAACUUUAUGAGUAACCCAGGUUAAGAACAUCACAAUUGCAAAUUUGAAUUCUUGCUACAUUGGUGAUACACGUUAAAGUAUGAUUUAUUUACAUAUUCAUUCAUUAAUUUACUUAUUACUAAAAUAUUGUUGAAAUCUAAUUUCAAAGACAGCUGCAAGAUUCAGGUAUAGACAACCUACCUAAGCAAUGGAAGAGGUAGGUUAAAUUUCUGUCUUGAGUAAGUGUUUUUUUUUUUUUUCCUGACUAUGCUACUCUUUACACAUUUCGUUCUAUUUUUAUGAAUAUCCUGGAAUACUUUUUGAAAAUUACAGUUUGUUUUUCCUUUUUCCCUGGGAGAACAUAGGGUGACACUGGGUGGAAAUCAAGAUUUGCUAUGGGUUUGCAAAAACCUGCAUAAGAAAUAAUUCUCUGAGUUUCCAAGGUAGUUUAUUGGAUAUUAUCAUAUUUCUAUUUUUAAAUCACUUUCAUUCAUCUUGAACCUCCAUAUCAAUUCUGCUUCAUCGCUGCCCUUUUCACCCUUGUUUAUAACUUCAGUUAUAAACUUCAGUCCUCUCUUCACCACCUCACUGCACCCUAAGCUCUCAGCAUGAUAACUAAUUCACUCUCUUUAAAUAUGCAACAAAAUCAAUAUAUUACUGGUGUGCUAAUUAACUGUCACGUGAAAAUAUUUUGCAUAUUUCCUCUCACUUAAUUCUCACUGCAUUUUUAUUAUGUAGGUUUUAUUAUUUCACCAGUGAGCAAACUAAGGAUUACAGUAUUUAAGUGACUUGCUUAAAGUCAUGUAGCCAGUGAGUGGCUGAAAUGCAGUUUGAACAAAAUCUGGCAAAACAAAACAAAACCAAACCAUGUUCUUCCCAUUACAUCAUGCUAUAUCUAGCCAUGCCUUUCUUUCAUCAGAGUGGUCUUAACCUCUUUCGCCUGCAUCUCUUCACUGCUGGCCAACUCUUCCUUUAAACCAGACUUGUCCAACUCGUGGCCCAGGAUGACUUUGAAUGUGGUCCAAAACACAUUUGUAAACUUUCUUAAAACAUUAUGAGAUUUUUUUUUUGGCUGGUUUUUUUUUUUUUUUUUUUUUUUAGCUCAUCAGCUAUCAUUACUGUUAGUGUAUUUUAUGUGUGGCCCAAGACAAUUUUUUUUCCAGUGUGGCCCAGGGAAGCCAAAAGAUUGGACACCUCUGCUUUAAACUUUACUGCAAGUUUGGUCUCUUUUGUGCCCACCUCUUCCAUAGCUCUUUGCAUAACACAUCUUGGUACUAGCAUAUGUCAUAUUAGGGUCUUAAAAAUUUAUGUAUCACUCCUCUUGCUCCAGUGUGGCCUCCGUGAGGGCAGGAUUAUUAUUUUUUUUAUUCCACUCAAUAUUGAAGGAGCUUAAGCUGGCAGUUCUCAAAGCCAAGCGAUCUCAAAACUCCAGGACUCAAAAUCAUUUCCUGACAAUAUUAGGAUAUCAUUUACUCUUUCAACUCUCAUUCUCAUAAGUGCACAAAAGAAUUUUCCUGAGGCUACAUGCUCUGUGUCAGUGCAACAGAUUGAAUUCAGAGCGGAUAGGAUAAUCCAGAUAUCCUCUAGUAAGAUAAUCAUUCAAGAGAUGUGCAAAAGUGUCAAAUAAUGUCAUUCUUCUCACUUUUUUUAAAUAUGGUAAUUUUCUAUUAAAAUAUAUUAUUUUUGUCAGCAUAUAAUGAAUUUAUUGUGACUAUUUUCAAACAUAUAUAUAACUAAUUAUUUUAAAAGUGUUUUUAUUUUAAUGUUGAAUAUGAUGAAUAUCAGCAGAUAUACCCCACAUAAGCAAAAGCUCUUUAGGGUCCUCUAUAAUUUUUAAAGUGUAAAGGAGGCUUGAAAACCAAACACAUAGGACCACUGACUAACCUAACCUCUGGCACCCAUUAAAUAUUUGAUUGACAAAACUGAAUAAUCAAACUAAUAAACCAAUCCAGUGGGGGAGACUAUAAAUGUUCUAGUGAGGACUUAGGUUUUCCGUUAUUUUACAAACUUAUUCUAACAAACAACUGUAAGUCAGGAAGAUAAUGAGCAAAACUCAUUGCACAUAUAUUAGUUACAAUAAAAGUAAACUUAGAAUAUUCAUUAUUUCCAUUGUGUAAAAUCAUGUAUUAAUUAAAAUUAAAUUGUAAGCAAAUAUCACUCAAUACAAUAGUCAACAGUUAACUAGGUAUCCAGGUAGGUUAUUAGCUUUUAUAAAGGACAUAGUGGGUUAUGCUAUUGUGGUUAUACAUUGUGAGAUUUUUAGGGAGCAGGCUUGUGAAAUUUAGAAAUUUGAAAUCAAUUAAGCAAAAUAUUAUACAUUUGCCGAUAGUGUUUUACAAUGUUUUUAAUGCAACUAAAUCUUGAAAUUUUAAUAAAGUUGUCACCUAAGAAAAAUAUAUCUCAGCUCCAGUUAUGGAAAGCAACAUUCUAAUUGUCAUGAAAAUUAAAAUAAAUUUUGAAAAGAAGCAUGUCAUAUUAAAUAAGAUUAAUGAGCAUCUUCAGUUAGAAGGAAAAAUAAAAUAAUAUUUUAUGUAUUUACUCUAGAUUUAAGAAAUUUUAAACAUAUGCUACUAUUAAUACAGCAUACUUCAACUUUUCAUAUAUGUGUGUGCAUGUAUAUUAUCUCAAAUCCAAUUGUAAUAUAAUUCAGUAGCUUAGAUUUACACCUAAUUUUUAAAUAUUAUUCACAAAUUUCUUCAUUGUAUAAUUGCUUAUUAAAGCUGGUAAUUUUAAACACUUUUAAAAUUUAAAAUUUUACUCAGUUGAUUUUUACUGCCAUUAAGCUAUGCAACUUAUUCAUUUAAAUCUCAGGAAUACUAGAAACACUAUUAAUGCCUAAUAAAUGAGCUGUAUAUAGAAUUCAUAAUUAACUAUUCUUUUAACUCAUUUAUAAUUCUUACUAAUUUUCAAAAAAUGCUUCAGGUCAUGCCUACACAACGAUUUUUUUUUAAACAAGUAUUCUCUAUUUAUUUUUUUUAAUGUGGUCUCAUUUAUGUCCUGACUGAUAAGCUCACCCAGGGUUUACAUGAUUAUGUACUUUGUAAUUUGAAAAUACUCUUUGUUCUUCACUUUAAAAGGAGAUCAGGCACUAGCAUAUCUGCAGUUUCCUGAUUCCUGUGAAAACAUGUGACAUUCCUCCUUUGCAAAGGUUUCCAGAUUCCUUCUCUCUGUGUUGCCAAUCCUGCCGCCACCCAAGGCUGAUCUUAAUUCCAUCGGGCCACAGUUAGUGCCAACAAUCGAGGUGACCUCUCCACACUCCAGCCCUGCCUAUAACAUUAUGGACAUUAUGAUUAUUAAAAUGCCCUUUUUGAUGAUUAUUCAGCCACUACUAGCAAGAAAAUCUGAAAUGUCUCUGCCUAAAGCAUGGCCUCCCCUGAGGAACAUGCUAGACUAUCUAUGGUCGCAGAAGCCCUGAGUAUAACCAUGACAGACUGUGGGAAAGUUUGAGAGUCAGACCCAGAAUGAAAAUCUCUGAUUUUUCCAAUUGUAAGAGAAAAUUUACUUUUAAGACAGACCUUACUGAUAGGAUAAGGAAAACAAUACUGUUAUCAGGAAUAUUUAUGCAGCAGGGGAAUAAUCUCUUCUCCUGUAUCCUUACACCAGACACACCAGGUUUUGACAAAUGUUUAAUAACGUAAGCAGAGAACAGGGGUCCCACUGCCUAACUAAACUCCCUGUAAUAUGUUAACAUAUUGCAUAUUAAUGUUUAAUAUGUCUCUCCUACCUAUCAAGGAUGUGUUCUGUUGUUUUUCUCAACAUCUAUUGUUUUUUCCACCACAAAAUCCACCCUGUUUGAACAAACUUCGCUGACUCUCCAGCUCUCACACACCUCCCUCCCACCACACUGCCUUAGGAUGUUUUAACUUCCCUUUCCAUAAACUUUUUUUUUUCUUCUCUGCAGCAACUCUUUUUUGCUGCCAUUCUUUUAUACACAUCCUAUCCAGUCUGUGAAAAGCAGUCUCUCUCUUGUGAAUAACAUUUACUCUUCUUAUAUCUUUGAUUUUAAUCCCCAAUUACCUCAGUAUUUAACGCCUUAUCUCAUGUGUGUGUGUGUGUGUGUGUGUGUGUGUGUGACAGAGUCCUGCUCUGUCACCCAGGCUGGAGUGCAGUGGCACGAUCUUGGCUCACUGCAACCUCCACCUCCUGUGUUCAAGCAUUUCUCUCCUGCCUCAGCCUCCCAAGUAGCUGGGAUUACAGGCGCCCACCACCACGCUUGGAUAAUUUUUUUGUGCUUUUAGUAGGGACAGGGUUUUCCCAUGUUAGCCAGACUGUUCUCAAAGUCGUGACCUCAGGUGAUCUGCCCACCUCGGCCUCCCAAAUUGCUGGGAUUACAGGCGUGAGCCACUGCGCCCAGCCUUACCCCUUAUUCUUUUAUCCCAGCUAAAGAACUCAUUCCUUGAGGACAUGAACCAAUGCCUUCUCUGCUUACAGUUGCACAUGGUCUCUGGGCUUAUUUUACUAAGUCCCACAGCCUUGUGUUAUCAGCCUCUUAAUAUCUGUACUUCUACCAUGAUCAUACAUUUUUCCAAGAAUGGAAACUAGAAGAAGCCGACUCUAGAGUGGUCAGACCAAUAGUGUUUUCCAUGUGAUUCAUAUUGUUUCAUUGCUGUGACAGAUGAUUCCUGUCGUUUUGGGAAAAAAAACUUAUUACAAACUCUUUAUUGUCAGUGCACUUAAUAAUAACCACAAACUGUCUCUCCAUCUACUACUUAUUUUUAUAAAUCAUAGGGAUCAUUUUCCCUUUGUUAUUGUUACCAGGUGAAAAUCUGACUCAUAUCAUUGUCCAUACCAAAUUCCUACCAAAUGCCUCAUGGGGAUGAGGGAUGCUUUUAUUAUCCUGGUCUCUACCUUUCAAAUACAUCAAAUUUAUAUUUCCUUCACCCAGAAAUUGCAGUUCUCUACUCUAUCAAUUCUUGUAUUUUAUUUCAUUUCUUAAUUGUCAUAUAAUAAUUUAUAGUGUACCUAGCGAUGAUUCAAUGCAUAUAGUAUAUAGUAAUCACAUCAGAGUAAUUAGCAUAUGUCCAUCAUCUCAAACAUUUAUCAUUUCUUUGUGUUGGGAACAUUCAGUGUCCUUCUUCUAGCUAUGUGAAACUAUAUAAUAUAAUAGUGCUAUCUGUAGUCAUUCUGCAGUGGUAGAGAACACUAGAACCUAUUUCUUUCCUCCUAUCUAACUAUAAUUCUGCAUCCUUUAACAAAUUUUUUCCAAUCCCCUCCUCUGCCUACCCUUCCCAACCUCUAGUAUCCUCUGUUCUACUUUUUACUUCCAUGAUUUCAACUUUUUUUAGCUUCUACAUGUGAGUGAGAACAUGCGGUGUUUAACUUUCUAUUCCUGGUUUAUUUGACGCUUUAAGAUUCCAGCUUUAUUUUUUGGAGUUAUCCUUCUAUGUUGUUUUGGUUAUUUAUAAACUCUGCUAUUUAUGAAAUCAUUUUAUAUUGCUUAUUACAUCUUAAUAAAUUAUCAGUGUUUUUCUGUGUUUUCUGUGUAUAUAUUUACUUUUUAUAGUUUCCCAUAAGUAUACUUUUCAUUACUUUUAAUCUCUCGCAGUGCAGUGCUAAUUCAUUAUCCCAUAAUAAUCUACCCUUCUUAAAGCCAAAGGAAGAAUUUUCUAUACAUAAAAGUCUUAGUAUAUUAGCAACUCAUAUGCAAAAAAAAAAAUGCUAUAUUUCAUGCUAGAUGCAAGAUCUGGCCACAAAUUAAGAGCAUGUGGAUUCUCCUCCUUUUUGGUUUUUGGCUUAUGAGAUUCCCACAUUUGCUUCUUCCAAAGACAAAAUUCUGAUCCCAAAAUAAUCACUGAGGAAUAUUUAAAUGUGCAAAAAAUUAGGUUUAAUUUUUUCAACUUUAUUUUACUGAAAUGCAGAGGUUUUAACUUUGAAGGGGGAUUCAAACUUUAAAAUAUUACAUGUAAUAUCAAUUAAUGUUUUAAGUUAAAUACAAAAUUAUAGAAAUUUAUAGAAUCCCAAGCAAUGGUGCAAAAAGUAUAUGCUCAAUAUUAUCAGUUUAAAAUUAAGUUUGCUACUUUGAGUUGUUUCUUUUACAUCAGAGGGCCUAGAUGCUACAUAUGCCUUCAGAAUUCUUUGAUGUUAAUCUCUUAGGACAACCAAUUAGUUUCCAAAUUUCUCAACUCAAGGGCUGACUAAUACUAUUGCCUAAGCCUUAGGUGGGUCAUGUUAUUUUAACUAGAUAGGAUGGCUAAUCAUAAGCAGUGUGUCAAAGACCAGAGGAGUUGAAAACUGGGAAAUUUGGAGACACCCUGUCUAAACAGGAUUAAGGCUAAACGAAAAGAAUUAUUGUUUUCCAAACCCUAAUGAUCCUUGUGAUAGCUGCUUUCCCAAACAUUGGGAUUAAAGGUUAGAUUCACAUUUAGAAACAAGAAUGCAAACACGUAUUCAUGAAUAGCCCUGUCUUUAGAGAAAAAUUCAUCAAUGUCCUAGCGCUUCUGUAUCUAAUACACUAAGAAACAUAUUUGUGUAUGAAGUCACACACAGGAAAAUUAAUUCUCUCCUAUAUUUCAUUUUUUUUACAUUACUUUUCUUCAUAAAAUACACGUCUAUUUUUGCAAGUUUAUCUUCACUGUGUAUAAAAGCUUUUCUAAAUAAACAGUUUAAGAGAAACAUUUUUUAUAUAUGAUUUGCAUUUAAAUAUAAACAUACAAAGUUAAAUAUUUCUUUUAAAAUAAAUUCUAAGAGAAAAAAAUUGUACCAGUGUUUGUUUUGCAGUGGUAUUAUUGCAUAGGUUAUUAAAACAACUAAUCUUUAUUAAAAUUCAAAUAAUUUACUGCCAUCAACUGUUUGGUAUACAUUUUAAUUUAUUUUUAUAAAAUUCUGUGUAUUUAUACUUUUUGAAAGUAUACAUAGUCCAGAUUAAACCAUGUCCACAAAAAUGUAACUAAAACAUGAACAUUUUAAAAAUUUUAUUAGUUUGACCUCCUCCAGUAUAUAAGGAUUCUGUUAAAUUAAUUUUUUUAUUAAGUUAAUAAGUUGAAGUUGUUUUCAUGUCAAAAUUACAUAUCCUUAGGAGGACAUGAAAAGGAAGGUGCAUUGUGAGACAGUUAUAUAACAGCUAGGUAGAGACAGAAUGAGAUGAUAAUCCUACUGCAUGUUAGAAAGAAAAUACGUAUCUAUUUGGUAUUAGGGUCAUCUUAUAGUUUUUUUCUGUUGUAAAAAAACAGUUAUGCCCAUAUGUGAAGGUCCUGCCUAGUUAAAAAAUGAGGAUAAAAUAGUGGCUCAUUUUGUAGCAGCCAACUGGGUCCCUGGAUUUGGAGAAUCAUAGUUGAAAGACUGUUCAAAUUAACACAUUUCAAAAUACUAAUUUGUUUAGAUUGUCUUUGAAAUUUAUAUAGAUUCUUUUUUUAAAGAAAGCAAACAAACUCAGGGUUUUUGGAAAUUGUUUUAUUGGCGAGGUCUAUGGAUGGACACCAUUGUGUAGGGGCUGCUGAUUUUCCCUUUACAUAUUUCCCCAUCUCCCUU